ACAGGACGAGCCUUUGGAGCCAUCAGAAGCCUUGCCCGGUGCGGGAGGCGUUAGACUAGGGGCUGUAUUGAGACGACGUGGGGAGCCUUAGAGCGCACGUGGAAAUUUAGCUCAGCCUCUUUUUGGACUCCAUUGGAACUCUGCUGCAUCGUACCGCGCGGUCGCACUUCACCGCCACCACUAGCACGCCUCGCCUUCAACGGCUUAUAAGGCGUCAGUCUCUCUCCUCACCAAGCUUUCCACCCAUUACUGGCUCUCCAACGCCCGUGCGCUCUCGAAUAGCCAGUCCACAUGUCUUCGUACACGCAAGCACCGCCGGGGUACGCCCCCUCGAAGCAUCACAAGGGCCAGUACCAGUCAAUUCCUCAGGAUGACGACGAGGCCGGGCCGUCCGCUCCUCUGCUCAACACAGGACCCAGAGAGGAGGGCGACAUCGACACAGAUGACUUCAAGUUCAGUGUCACUGUCGAACAGAGUGCACCCGAGAUUCGCCAGAUGUUCCUCAAGAAGGUUUAUGCCGUGCUCUUCCUGCAAAUUCUCGGAACCACCGUUGCCUCGUAUCUCUUCAGUACUCGCACCGUGACGACCUGGGUUCAACACAACCAGUGGUCGGUCAUUGUCGCACUGAUCGGUAGCUUUGUGUCGAUGGGUGUCCUCUUCUGGAAGCGACACUCUCACCCGCUCAACCUUGGUCUUCUCGCUCUCUUUACCGUCAUCGAGUCCUUCUCCCUCGGUUUGGUCGCAUCCCACGUCUCGAAGCGCAUCUUGCUGCAGGCCCUGGUCAUCACUCUCUUUACCUUUGCCGGCCUGACGUUCUUCACCUUCCAGUCCAAGCGAGACUUCUCCGGCAUGGGCCCAUGGCUCUACGGUGGACUCAUGCUCCUCGUCGGCCUCAGCUUUAUUCAAAUUUUCUUUCCCUUCAGGAGGAGCAUCGACAUGGCCUUUGCUGCCGGCGGCUGUCUCAUCUUCUCGGGCUACAUCGUCUACGACACCCACAUGAUCCUGAAGAGGCUGAGCCCAGAGGAGUGGGUCAUGGCUGUCCUUUCCCUUUACCUUGACAUCAUCAACCUCUUCCUCAGCGUCGUUCGCAUCCUGAACGGAGCCAACCGCGAUUGAUCUGCGAUGUUCUACAUUUCGCUCGUCCUCUGUUGACUCUCUUUCUUAUCCGCUUGUCUUUGUGAAU